AUGGCCUCACAACCGCAGGCAACGACAGACUCAGUCAACGGUGAAAAGAACAAGUCGCCGAAGAAGGAAGAAGUCCAGGGGAAAGAGAAGAAAGAUGCUGCCGCGGAUGAGGCAGACGGUGAGCAACUGAAGUUCUCCCCAGAGGAGGAAGCGGCCCUCCUCGAGGAAUCAAACACUGCCAAAGCAGAGGCCAACGCCUUUUUUUCUUCAAAACAGUACCAGGACGCCCUCGACAAGUACGACGACGCCAUUUCCUCAUGUCCCAAGUAUCUACUGUACCCUCGCGCUGUCAUCCAGAGCAACAUUGCCGCAUGUCAUCUAAAGGUCGAGCAGUGGACGGACGCCAUCAAGUCUGCGACCGAAGCUCUCGAUGGGCUCGCGAAGCUCGAGCGUGAGGAUCCCCGGCUGAACCCAGAGGGAAAAGAAAAGGAGGGCGAGAAGGAGGUUAAGGCGGCGGGGAAUGAAGAGUCCAAGUCCAAAGACGACGAUGACGACGUCGAAGAGGAAAUCAUCAGCUCGGGUGCAUCCCGAUCGGCUCCUCCGCCACCAUCUCCCGCCGACGAAGCCCGCACGGCGCUCCUCGCCGAUAUCCAGCGCAUUCGCUCCAAGUCUCUCAUGCGUCGCGCCCGCGCCCGCUCUGAGGCCGGCGGCUGGCAGAACCUCGCGGGCGCCGAGGAGGACUACCGCGCGCUGGCCGCAACGCCGGGCCUCGCCGCCGCGGACAUGCGCAUCGUUCGCGCCCAGCUGCGCGACUUGCCGCCGCGCACCAAGGCCGCGCAGGAGCACGAGAUGGGAGAGAUGUGGGGAAAACUCAAGACUCUGGGCAAUGGCAUCUUGAAGCCGUUUGGACUGAGCACGGAGAACUUCCAGAUGGUCAAGGAUGAGCAGACGGGGGGAUAUAGCAUGAACUUUCAGCAGGGACAGGGUGGCGGUAGCUCUUCAUGA